ACGCCUUCCUCUGAGCUCCGGGAGCCCAGGAGAGCGCUCAUUUUAGGACUGGGGAGAGGGGUAAAAAGAGGAAAGGCAGCCUCCCGCUCUGCCCUGGCCUUGCCACCCCCGAAGGGAGGGAGGACUCAGGCCCCGUGCCCCCCUCCUGGCGGGCCGCCCAGCGAGCCGGGGAGCGCGCGGAGCGGGCGGCGCAGGGAGCUGUCCAGUUCAGCACCACCCGGUAAUGCAGUAGGUGGGAGCGCCUCCGCCGGGGGCUGAGCCGGCAGCGAGUGGGGGGGGUCAGGCGCGCGGCCCAUCCUGCAGCAAGACGCCGGCUCCCUUGUUUCCAGGAGCUUUGCAGAUAGGGGGAGGGAACCCCGCCUCGAUUCUCCGGGAGAAACCCCCUCCCUCCCCCACUUCGCCAACACUACCCCGCCACCAACAACAAUAACCGCCGCCGCUGCUCGUCCUGCCGCCGCCGCCGCCGCCGUGCCUGCGCGCCCUGCUGCUGCUGCCGCCGCCGCCGCCGCCGCCGCCGCCGGGGCAAAACCAUGGAAGGCGAGACCCCCGCACCUGUUCAGCUGAGAUCAAGAGCUUACAGAAUACUGGGAAGUCUGGUCUGAAACGAAAGCGCCCGAGACCCCGCAAGGAAGAGAACUGGCGAAGCAAAGGAUUUUCAUGGCGCAGGCCGCAGAGCCGAGCACGAAGACCGAAGGUUGCAUCCCGGCUUUUACAAUCUCUAACUGUCUAGGUCCCGACCAUGAGAGAUUGUGUUGAGAAUGCGGCUGUUCCCUGGUUCACUGUGGAAGCCAUCUCCAAAUUAGCUAUCACAUAUGGAAACUGGAGACCAGAAUUUUAGGAAAAGAGAUUAAGGCAUCUCACUUGGGGGGGGUGGGGGGUGUCUUUUUAUUUUUUUCCUUUUUUUAAAAAAAAUUACUGCAACUGGAACAGUUUCUGAUCUCAAAAGGCAAGCCUCUCUUCCCGUGUGAUCUUUAUAAUUUACACUCUUUUCCGUGAGCUUUCUUACCUCCCUGUUUUUAUAUCUCUCCAUAGUCUCUAUUCACACAUAUAUCCAUUAUAUUAGUAGUGGAAUUAUUUUUAUUAUUAUUAUUAUUAUUUUUGCUUUAGUACUUGCACCCUCACACACACUCUCCCAAGAACAAGAAGUCGGUUGGGUGUUUAUAUAAUGAAGAAUUAUGGGGCUGUUUGAUCGAGGUGUUCAAAUGCUUUUAACCACCGUUGGUGCUUUCGCUGCCUUCAGUCUGAUGACCAUAGCUGUGGGAACCGACUAUUGGCUCUACUCCAGAGGGGUUUGCAAGACCAAAAGUGUCAGUGAGAAUGAAACCAGCAAAAAGAACGAGGAAGUUAUGACCCAUUCUGGAUUAUGGAGAACCUGCUGCCUAGAAGGGAACUUCAAAGGUCUCUGCAAGCAAAUCGAUCAUUUCCCAGAGGAUGCAGAUUACGAAGCUGACACAGCAGAAUAUUUCCUCCGGGCCGUGAGGGCCUCGAGCAUUUUCCCGAUCCUGAGCGUGAUUCUGCUUUUCAUGGGCGGACUCUGCAUCGCAGCCAGUGAGUUCUACAAGACUCGACACAACAUCAUCCUGAGUGCCGGCAUCUUCUUCGUGUCUGCAGGUCUGAGUAACAUCAUUGGCAUCAUAGUGUACAUAUCUGCCAAUGCCGGAGACCCCUCCAAGAGCGACUCCAAAAAGAAUAGUUACUCGUACGGCUGGUCCUUCUACUUCGGGGCCCUGUCCUUCAUCAUCGCCGAGAUGGUCGGGGUGCUGGCCGUGCACAUGUUUAUCGACCGGCACAAACAGCUGCGGGCCACGGCCCGCGCCACGGACUACCUCCAGGCCUCUGCCAUCACCCGCAUUCCCAGCUACCGCUACCGCUAUCAGCGCCGCAGCCGCUCCAGCUCCCGCUCCACCGAGCCCUCACACUCCAGGGACGCCUCCCCCGUGGGCAUCAAGGGCUUCAACACCCUGCCGUCCACGGAGAUCUCCAUGUACACCCUCAGCAGGGACCCCCUGAAGGCCGCCACCACGCCCACCGCCACCUACAACUCCGACAGGGAUAACAGCUUCCUCCAAGUCCACAACUGUAUCCAGAAGGAGAACAAAGACUCUCUCCACUCCAACACAGCCAACCGCCGGACCACCCCCGUAUGAAGCCCGUGGGGGGCCUGGCGGCGCCGCAGGAGGGGCGCGCGGCCCCCCCCCUCGCGUGGGCCCC